AUGAUAAACUGCACAGUUACAGAAUACACUCAGCCGAAGUAUAUUUCAAACUGUUUCGCCAAUUUUGAGUUAGCCGGAUUCGAAUUUAACGAAAAUCCGGAAAUUUCGCUUGAUCCAAUCAUAAAUUACCAUGAUUAUGAGUUUGUACCGCAAAACUAUUCAUAUGUUAACGAACAUAAAGAAGAGCCUCUUACUUUUCCAGGUUUUUACCAUAAUAUUUUAAUUAAAAACUGUGAAUUCACCGAAACGACUGAUAUUUACCUUAUUGCUGCUAGCUGCUCUAAUAUUAAAUUACUCGAGAUCGAAAACUGCAAGUUUUACAAUAUUGCGUCACUUGGAUAUUUUAUGAUUUUUGUUCCUGUUGGUUCUGAACAAUAUUCGGACUACAUCAACAUUUCUAUUAGUGAUAUAUGUAUUUCCAACUGUUUGUACUACAAACUUUUCAACAUUGAAAAAUCUGAUAAUUUUGAUAUGGAAAGUGCGACGAUUACGAGAUGUGCAUCUCAAUUAACUGAUUUGGUAUCAUCUAUAUUUUCUAUAAAUACCAUGAAAAGUCAAUUUAUUACUGGUAUAAAUUUAUCCAAUUCAUUUAUUCUUGCAUUUAGUUCCCAUGUCAUUGAUACAAAUAAUUCAACUUAUUCCUAUUCUAAUUAUUUCAAUUUGUCAUCAGUUGAAUUUUUCCAAUCCGAAUUUCAUGUUGAAUACUACUGUAACUUCGUGGGAAUAAUGCUACAAAAUAUGAACCAUGCUAAAAACACAACUUUGGCUUAUUGUGUCAUUGUCGAUUCAGAUCAUAACUUAACAAGAUUACUUGCGCUUCAAGAGUGCCAAGAAUACAAUUCCUCUGACAAAAAGGUAAAAUUGAUCAAAAAUGAUGGCCAAUUUGGAAAUUAUUGUAAAAAUAAAAUGUCGGCAGGAGCAAUUACGGCCAUUGUUCUUGGUUUCGUGAUAGCUUUAAUGCUUUUGGUUACUGUGUUGCUUCUUUUCAUCAUCAGAAGAAUUAAUAGAAGUAAUAACGCUCUUAAGAAUAGAAUUGAUCUUGGUGCAUCAAUAGUUAGUGAUUUUGGAUGA